AUGCAUGGACCUCUUCACCGCGACUCCUCGAGGUCCCCAUCCCCCUGCACCCAAGCUGCACCGCAAGCGCCUUGCCGCUCGGGCUGGGGAAACGCAGGGGCUGCGAGCUAUCGACGAACUGGACACGAUCGAGGACCAGCGAAUGAGACAUGCCGCAAGGAUGGUUCGACCGGGCUGAGCAGCGCGUCUCGUGUGCCAUCUUCGAUCUUUAUGCGUGCGAAUGGUCCAUGUCUGCUUCAUACAGAGCACAGUUUGUGUCCGCCCCAUCGCAGUGAACCAUUGGCGGCAAACUACCCGCACCGUGGACUGACGUGUCCCGAAGCUUGA